CACUGUGUGAGUUUUGGAGCUGUUUAUGGAGAAUACCUCCGGGGGAUGACUGACGAAAGGUUCCUCUCAUGACUGGAAGCGAAUUAAUCAGCCGAAGCUCUGUGCUCGAUUAAGUUCUGUGGUUCCUUCAGCAUAUAUGUGUAGUCUAUUUGCGGGCAAACAGCAGAAGGGUUCGUGCUUGUGGCAGAGUGACUUGGCUGGGGGUGUUGUCUGGUCUGGCUUCAGCUGUGUGUCUUUUAGGAGCUGGAGUUGAGAAGUUAAAGGGCUGAUCUAACUAAAUGGCGUCUACAUGCUUGUUCAUCACUGCGAGCGUCUUGUGCUGUUCAGUGAUAUUUUUACCUCUCGCUUCAGCGUACGAUUGUGAAGAUGAUUCAUCAUUAUGUCGUCACCAAACUCAUUUUGGCUCAGUUGUUGCAAUCGGAGUGAGCUUUUUUGGGAUUUUCCUUUUCUCACUUGUGCUCUGUCUAUGCUGCCCUUGUUGUCUUCUGUACAAAAUGGCACGAAGAGGACGUCAGCCUGUUGUUACAAGCUCAACUACAACUACGGUGGUGCAGUCCGCAUAUCCACAGCAACCCCAAGUACCAGCACAAGGUUUUGUUCCGUAUCAAGGAUAUACUCCUAUGCCAGUGCAGCCGGCACCAGGUCCCUAUCCUGCAAGUAGUCCCUAUCCACCACCAUAUCCAACUCCAUAUUCUGGCCAGCCACCUUCAUAUCAAGAUACUGUAGCAAGUGGUACAAGUGCACCUUAUAUAGGACAACCACCCUAUCCAGUCUCGCAGUCGCCAUACAAUCCUGCCGCACAGCCACCAUACAAUCCUGCUGUGCAGCCACCAUACAAUCCCGCUGUGCAGCCACCAUACAACCCUGCCUAUGGAACUCCAGAGAAGUCACAUUAGUAAACAUGUGGCCAAUUCUAUUGUCAAGUGCAUUUACUGAUCUAUCUUAGCCUGUUACUAUUUUAUACAAGAUGAAUGCUGGAGAGAAAUUAUCUCACAAGCGUUUCAAACAUGUUCAAAUGUUAAUUGUAAAUUACUUAUGUUUAAAAGAGUUUAUUUUUUCCCCCUCUUAACAGUCUCUUGACUGAGGAGGUGUGAAGUCUAUUUUAUCUUGGUCAUAAUUUUUCCAGCCCUUUUGGAUAAACCAGAGGUAGCAUAACUUUGUUUUGUAUAUUCAAAAAAAAAAUGAAAAAAGGUUGCUUUAAGCUAUCUUUCAUUGCAAACAUAGGUGAUUAGAUAUUUGCCUAAUUUCCCCUUCUAUGAAGGCUACCGCUUCACUACUUGUCAUUAAAUAAGUGUCUUUUGUGAGUGGCUGCUUUUGCAUCCUUUUUUAUUUAAAAGAGGAAAUGAAAACGUGCUGUAUUUUUGCAUUAUUUUGUGUUUGCUGUUCGGUUCUUGGAGAUUUUUGGCCGUAAGCUGAAAGCAGAGGUAAAUCACAGCUGCAUGGUAGAUCAACACAGAUCGCUGAGAUUUCAGUUGGCACAUCAAGAACCUGAUGCUCCAUCUGGUGACUUCUAUCCCCCCAAAAAAUUGGCAAAAAGAGAAGCUAGCCAUUUUUGGAUUUCCUUUUUCUUUUGUUAGUUUAUCGCUGUCCUCUUUUACUUCUCCUUCGGUCUUACCAAUUCAACUGCCUGGCACAAUUCUGGUUGGUGGCUGAACUGAAGAGCAGUCUUUUGUAGUAAAGAUUUUCUGCUUUUCACACCUCCAGGCUUUUGGAUUUUCUGCUGAGGCAGAAGGUUCCAAACAGUUGUUGGCAAUUCCUGAAAGUGAAGACAGACAGGUGUGUGCAUUAUAACAGUAAACCAGGCUGAAGCUGCAACCUGUUGUAUCACCCAGUCCGCUGUGCCAUGUAGUUCUUGAUCUCCAGAUGUGCCACCUGCCACAGGUUAGUUGUUUCCACACAAGGAUGGAGGGAAAAUUAAAGAAGCAGUCACAUCUGAACCAGUCCCGCUUCUAGCAGUGAGCUGUAAAGGAGCAUUGGAAAAAAGCCUGUCUUCUUUCAGCCUGAUCUCUUGAGGAAGCAUGACACGCUCGCUGCACAGAGAGACUGAAAAGGGAAGGAAGAAAAGAAAAUCGUUCCGAGUAAAUAAAAACAGUAGCUGCGUGAACUGUUUUCAACUUCAUAUCUUUUACGUUAAUGACUUAAAAACAGGAGGGUUUGAAGUUUUUACAAAAGAGAAGUGUUAAUGUGCAGCUCCACAAAGGUCAAUGGAAGUGCUUUUAGUGCCCUGACCGGCUUGGAAGCAAAUUAGAUAUAUUGUGGAAUAGCUAAAUAAGAGCUGAAAUCUGCUGACUACUAACAAAAACCAUGCUGUCAUCUUAUUUGCUCGGUCACUUUAAAUUACCUUCCUCAAUCCCCCUAUCCCUGUCCCUAACCCCCAAAGAGACAGAAUGAGCACUUUUCUAUCAUUGUGCUUUUUAAUUAGUUUGUAGCCAAGGACUUUGUGGAUACAUUUGUUGAAUCCAGAUUUGUAUAUUAUCAGGUCAAUUGGUAUAAUUCAGAUGCUGCAGUAUCAUUUGAACAUUUUAACAUUAACUGUAAUGUAUAAUAGAAUGGUUGUAUAAUACAAUAAAAUCAGCAUGUUCUGUCAAA